GUUUACGGCAGCUGCUCACAUCGCGCCAGUGGUAGAAGAAGGUUGACGGUAUGAGAGUUUUAUUUGGGUGCUGUUUCUUUUGCGAGUAACUGCUGCUGUUUUUGAGAAUGGAUCCAGUGGUGCUGAGCUACCAGGACAGUUUGAUACGGUGUUCGGACAUGGCGCUUCUCAACGGUCCGCACUGGCUCAACGAUCAGGUCAUAGGUUUUGCCUUUGAAUACUUUACAACUGAAUGCUUCAAAAGCCUGGCCGAUAAGAUCUGUUUCAUCAGCCCUGAAGUUGCUCAGUUUAUCAAAUACGCCUCGUGUCAUGAGGAGCUUGCCAUUUUUCUUGAGCCGUUGAGCCUCGCGUCUCGUCGCUGGGUAUUUUUGGCAGUCAAUGACAACUCGAAUCAAACUGCUGGCGGCUCUCACUGGAGCCUGCUCCUCUAUCGGCGAGACACCAGCCAGUUUGCCCACUACGACUCCCAGAGUGGAAGUAACUCUCUGCAUGCCCGCCGUAUUGCAGCCAAGUUGGAAGCUUUUCUCGGAGCUGGGACGAAAGUGCCUUUUGUGGAGGAGCAGUGCCCUUCUCAGCAGAACAGUUAUGAUUGUGGCAUGUAUGUGAUCUGUAAUGCAGAGGCUCUGUGUGAAAGCGUUAAAACUGAUGGCUGCCCCAGCCUGCCUGCUCCCAUUAUAACACCCACCUACAUUACACGCAAACGGACAGAAUGGUAUUCGCUAAUACAGAGACUCGCCAAAGAAUGACUGGAUGAACUUAAACAUUGUGCUGCAGUUCUGGGGAAAGAAAGCAAAGUGAAUCUAUCUAUUAUACUCAGUCUUGCACAAAAUAAAAACUGCAUUUUGGAAACAGCAUGCGCUUCUCAACAAAUUGUUUGACAAACUCAUUAAGGAAUAGUUAUCUGACAGUAUCAGAUCACGCACAGAAAAAUCAUAAUACUUACCUUCAUGUCACUCCAAACUAGGGCUGCAUGGUAUUGGAAAAAAACUUGCAUUGUAAUGUUUAGUUUUUCUGCGAUUUUUAUAAAUAGUGAUAUUAAAUAAUAUUCAUAAGAUGACUAUUUGGAAAGAAUUCAUAAUUUUACAAUGAUUGAGACAAUUUUUAGUGGAGUGCAUAUUA